AUGAGCAAGGCCAUCAACACCUUUAGCGGGUUUUAUAACCAAAUUUACACUAAUUCUCCUAGUGGGAGUAACGACGAUGACAUUCUCAACCUUGCUUUGGCUAAAUGGGACUCUAAAAAUUCAACGCCUUUCCAACACCUCCGAGCAUGGAACGUUUUAAAGAAAGAAAACAAAUGGAGGCCGGUUCCAAAUGAGGCCGCAACCGCCAAACGGAGUAAAACUUCUGAGUCCGGAAGUUAUAGUGCGGGAGGCUCCACCGCUCGUUGUCAAAUCGACAUAAACGAAGACCCGGAAUUUGACGAGGAGGUGUUGCCCGUUCACGAGUCGGAGCGUCCCUCCGGAAUGGACAAAGCAAAAAAAGAGGCGGCCGGAAAGAGAAAAGGGGGCGGCUCGAGCCAAACGUCUUCCGGGGCGGGUUCGAAAAUGGACGAGUUGAUAUCCGAAUUCCGUUCGUUCAAAGAGCUCACGGCGGAAAAAUAUAGUUAUAAGAAAACCUUGUCGGCCGACUAUACUCGAGCGGAGGAUUUUAGGAUUAUGAGGUUGGAUCUCGACUCGGUUCCGGAGGAUGAACGCGAGGUUUACCGAAGGAUGAAAGAGGAAGUUAAGGAAAAAUGGACAUCGUAG